AUGCGUCUCGUUUUCGGCUCGCGCAUCGAUCAAGCGCAAGACCAGACCGGCUUGACCGAUUGCGAGAACGCGGAUUGCAUCGAUAUGGAGUUUAGCGAUCUCGACGAGGAGGAUAUCGAAACCGUGCUCCAUAGUCAUAAUUUUUAUCGGGUCAUUAUAGCGAACGGCAAGGAGAGCCGCGGAAAUCCCGGGCCGCAGCCUGCCGCGAGGAUCAUGAUGGAAUUGAUCUGGGACGACGAACUCGCCGUUAUAGCGCGUAGAUGGGCGUUGCAGUGCAAGCUCUUCGAGACGGAUGAGUGCCGAGACAUUGAACGAUUUGGAGUACGUCAGAAUGUGAACGUACUCAACAUGGACAAAAUGGAACAUAGUACGAGUAGGAAAAGAAUUCACUUUCAUAUUACAUCGUGGUACAACGAGGUACAGCACUUCGACAACGCGAAAAUCGGACUAGUGAACUACUCUGACGCGGCGUUGCAAUCCUCCCCCUCUUACAUUUCCCUCGCAUCGGCGACGUUCAUUUACGUUGGUUGCGGCCGCGCGAUUUACACGCCCGACUUGAACAAGACCGCGGCGACGCCCGGCAGGUUUGGGAAUCGAGUCGAGGUACUCGUGUGUAAUUACGGACCUGUCGAUCGCACCGCGCUCCAGCAACUCUACAAGCUCGGCCGACCGGGUCUAUGCCCAUCCGGAACCUUCCCCAGCGACCAUUACCAAUCCCUCUGUAAACUUUGUCUUGCAAGUCAUUUCAAGAGUUAUGUAUCUUCGGUUUUCACGAAAAUGGAAAAGGUGUCUGAUAGAAACAGGCUAAAGUGUAAAGCAUUACUCCUGAUUUUUCCCAAAACUAUCUUUGAAAUAGGGUGGAAAAAUAUCAAGGAGCCAAUGCGACGAGAUAAAGAAGCUCAAACAGUGGAAAGGAAUUCCAGUGUCAGCUGA